AGCUCAGCUCAGCCGCAACCGGUCCGGCCAGCAGUGUUCCCAGCCGCACGGCUGCAGGCGGGACCUGGAGGUGCAGCCGCAGGCACAGCACUGCGGAGCCAGACCUCGAGACAGCGGGUCAGCAGCUGAGACACCUUCCAUCCCUUCAGCCCCAUUUCGCGUCUCAUCGCUACUUUGGGCACCAACGUGUUGGACUGUUCUGGCCUCACUGCCAUCACAUUCAGGAGUCCUUUGAAGAAAAAUGUGCUUCUUAAAUCAAUCCCAGCUUCUCCUUUACAUGAAGAACUCUUAAAGAUGCUAGUAGAAAAAAAAACAAAUUAAGCUGAAAGCUCACCUGCAACUCAGGAAAACAAAGACAUGGAGUUUUAAGGAGUGAAGGUAGCAUGGUGUCAGUCAUGGGUGACCACGACACAGCCAGAUGAUGGGGAUCAGUUUCUUAAAACUACGGCCUUUGUGCUGUGUGCUUGCAGUGCUGAUGGUGGUGGUGCUGGUCAUCAAUGUCACUCAGGUGGAGUACUUGGACCAUGAGACUGUCUCAGCCACAUUCAUCGACAGUAGUGGACAGUUUGCUUCAUCCCAGGUGAUAGGAGGUAGCCGGAGCCCCUACUGUGGCUAUGAGCACCAGACUCUGUCCAGCCAGGAGCACAUGGAGGAGGACUCCUUGCUGGCUGCCUUACAGUGGCAAGUGCCUGAUGUGCCUGUUCCCUUUUUGAAGAGCAGUGACCCGUCUUCCAGCUACUUUGUCAUCUUGAACUCUGCAGCCUUCUUCAAGGUGGGAAGCCAGCUAGAAGUACUGGUUCACAUACAGGAUUUUCAAAGAAAGCCCAAGAAGUAUGGUGGAGACUACCUGCAGGCCAGAAUUCACUCCCCUGAGCUGCAGGCAGGGGCUGCAGGCAGAGUGGUAGACUACCAGAAUGGGUUUUACAAGGUCUUUUUUACUUUGCUCUGGCCCGGCAGAGUUAAAGUGUCCAUAUCUCUGGUCCAUCCCAGUGAAGGGAUCAGAGUUCUUCAGCACUUACAGCAAGAAAAACCAGACAGGGUCUAUUUCAAGAGUGUCUUUCGUUCAGGAAGAAUUUCUGAAACUACUGAGUGCAACCUGUGUCUUCCUACGAGUCUUCCCCUAUGUAACUUUACAGAUCUCUACACUGGAGAACCCUGGUUCUGCUUCAAACCAAAGAAGCUCCCUUGUAGCAGCAGAAUUAACCAUUUCAAAGGUGGAUACCUGAAGGGCCUCCUCACAACUGCAGAGAAUGCUUUCUUUCAGAGUGGUGUCAAUAUCAAAAUGCCAAUCAACUCCAGUGGACCUGACUGGGUGACUGUAAUUCCCAGGAGAAUAAAAGAAACUAACAACCUAGAUCUAUCUCAAGGCUCAGGAACCUUUCCUUCCGGGCAUUAUUACAGAGAUCAGUGGAGGCCUAGAAACUUUAAGAUACGCCAGUUUAAUGAACCCGACAACAUUACAGAAUGCUUACAAAAAAAAGUGGUGUAUUUAUUUGGUGACUCAACAAUCAGGCAAUGGUUUGAAUACCUAACUGCGUUUGUUCCAGAUUUAAUGGAGUUUAACUUGGGUAGUCCCAAGAACGUGGGUCCCUUCCUUGCGGUAGACCAGAAGCACAACAUCCUGCUCAAGUACCGCUGCCAUGGCCCACCCAUCCGCUUCACAACUGUCUUCAGUAGCGAGCUCCAUUAUGUGGCAAAUGAACUGAAUGGUAUUGUGGGAGGGAAGAACACUGUGGUUGCCAUUGCCGUGUGGUCGCAUUUCAGCACCUUCCCCUUGGAAGUAUAUAUCCGGCGGCUCAGGAACAUCCGUCGAGCAGUGGUCCAGCUCUUGGAUCGAAGCCCUAAGACUGUAGUAGUUAUCCGGACAGCCAAUGCCCAAGAGCUGGGGCCUGAGGUGAGCCUUUUCAACAGUGACUGGUACAACUUUCAGCUGGACACCGUCCUUCGGAAGAUGUUCUCAGGGGUUGGAGUAUAUCUCGUUGAUGCCUGGGAGAUGACCCUGGCCCAUUAUCUACCCCACAAGCUCCAUCCGGAUGAAAUUAUUGUGAAGAACCAACUAGACAUGUUCUUGUCCUUUGUGUGCCCCUUGGAGACCUAGCCUGCCCUGAAGGGGGCUGGAGGAAGCACUUUCAGUGACCUUUGCCAUCACCUGCAUUGCAGAAGGUUUAUGGACGGCCCUGUGGAGAGAUGGCCAUCAUGGGUGUAUAAAGUUUCAGAAAGGGCUAGAUUUUAUAUAAUGACUUGUAAGGAGCUUAGAAAAUGCAGGUUAUAUUAUGUCUACCUAUAGGAUAUUUUCCAGUCUGGACUUAGCCAUUAACAACAUUCACACACUGUAUUGUCCUUGCAACCAAAGAUGCAAAUAAGUGUGUUUGAACUGACUUCUCCUGGGAGGGGAGAUUACUGUGCUAAAAAAUAUGAAAAAUGCUCUGACCUAAAUGGAAGGGAAAAAUUUGGCUGGCAGUGGAGCGUUUGUAGCUUCUCUGACAAAGGAAAUUGAGCCCUUCUGUAUGAACAGCACAGUCGGUCCCUUUUCAGCCAGGAGAACUAACAAGGCUUCUAGUCAGUGAUUCCUGUAACACUCCGAAGACUGCCAUGUCUGUUUCCCUUGAUAAUCCACUUUCUCUGAAUUACUUGAAAAGACCAGUGUCCUUGCUCAGAAUUUUUAGUGAGAAAAUUUACAAUGUCCUGCUUUUAUCGAGAAAAGCAAAAGGGAGAUAGGAAAACAGUGUGUAGGAAAUCUCAGUAGUCAAUUGACAUUUGCAUUGGUUUAUUUUAUUUAUUUAGUUCAUCUAAAUUUCGCAUUGUGAAUACUCACUCAAAAAAUCACUUUGGAACUAGAAGAGUAAAAUCUAUACAUGGACAUUUAUUUUUGUGCUUUGAAGUUUGAGGGUUUUAAAAAUUGACUUUUAUGUAAAGAGUGUUACUGUGACUAUAAAUUUGUAAAAAUCAUUUCCAUCUAUUUCAGUUGUUUCUUUUUUGAUUGUUAGUUUUGUUAAUGGCGAAAUAGCACCAGAUGUGAGACCUCGGUCCUUGAGUUUGGCUGAGAAAAGAACUCAGAGCCAAGGAACUCAAAUAUAGGUGAAAGUUUAUUUAGAAAGUCACAGAGGCAGAAGAAAUGAGUCAAGGAAGAAGCAAGCCAGCUGGGUUGUGUUGACUCAGAAAACAAGUUACAGAGGCAGAAGAAGGGCCCUCGGAGCUUAGAAAAAAGAAAGGCAAAGAAAAUGCACUUGGGGGAAAGAGAGAGGGAAAGGCAUGGGUGUGCUUCUGAGAGAGAUAGAGAGAGAGAGCGAGCGAGCACCUUACUGGGUUCUUGUCUUGAGGGUUUUUAUCUGGAGGCCUCAAAUGAGGAUCUCAGAAUAUUCAUCAGCUUUCCAGGUAUGUCUUUUCAGGAUCAAGGUCUUUACCAAUUGGUCGGCCAGGGCAGGGGGUCUUUAGUAUUGCAGUUGGUCCUGAGGUCCUUGAGGGCAAGAUCACCUGACCUUGCUGCUUUUCUGUGCCUGGAGUAGAAACAUAACUGAGGCCUAAACGUUACCUGUAGUUUGACCAAAACUCUGUCUCUGUGGUCAAGAGACCUGAGGCUUUGUUCCUAAGAUCACUUGAUGGGGGUCAGAACCUCAGUCUUGAGGGCUUAACACUUAAGGCAGUGUUCAUGCAAGGGCUUGUAUAGGAGCUGAGUGAGACUAUUCUCUGGCCUCCUUGUUCCUCCUCUAAGGGGGUCUACCACAUGACUAAAGGCAUGCCAGGGGAGGAAAGGUCAGGGGAGAGUCCUAACGGCAAUAUGAAAGGUCAGAGGGUCUAAACCACAUGACCAGACAUAUGCUAGAGGAGGAGAAGCUCACUGCGGGCAAAGUUUCACCUUUCAUUACUUGUCCUCCCAGUUUUGUCCUGGUGAACUUCCAUGCCUGGACUGUUAUUCCUACUCUGCUCAUGCCUGUCUAACUGCCUACUAUGUCAUUUUCAACAGCAUACCAAAAUUAGAAAUUAAGAUCUCAUUGGAAAUUAAAGUUAGAUAUUGAACUCUAUGACGAGUAUUUCUUGAUUUGGGCAUAAGGUACAUACAAUUCUCUCCUGCUUGGGAGUCAAAAGCUGCUAUUCCUAUUGGCUGUUUUCAAAUAAAGUGUACUUGAGUAAAUU